GUGGGGGAGGAAAAAUGAGAAGGAGAGCAUGCAGCAAGGGUUGACGACUUAACUGAUCUGGAGCUGAACCUUAAAAUCGUAUAGUUCUUCAAAUGAAAUGAAAAUGUUUGCCAAUGGUUUGAGAUUAUUAUUAUUAUUCACUCGUUUGCUGUUUAAUGUAAAAAUACAAGUUGUGAAAAUGCUUAAAUUAUGUAUAUUUAAUUCUAGUUAGUUAGUAAGAGAAUAUGACCGAUUGGAAUAUCACUUCUAUUGAUAUUCCAGUUAUUGCUGUGUGGUUUACGUGUGCAUUUCUUCUUAGCUGACUGUUUUCUGUAUGUGCAGACAUCUGCCCUGAGCGUCGUAUGAAUAUUCUAAAAUGGUGUCGUAUGUUCCUGUUUUCGUGUUGCUUAACCCAACCUACAUAUGCGUGUCUGUCUCCUAUUUGCAGAGGAGGGCAUCAAUCACGAAUGCAAGCUGUGUAACCAGAUGUUUGAUUCACCUGCCAAGCUGCUUUGCCACCUGAUAGAGCACAGCUUCGAAGGCAUGGGAGGUACCUUCAAGUGUCCCGUCUGCUUCACAGUGUUUGUGCAGGCCAACAAGCUCCAGCAGCACAUUUUUGCCGUCCACGGCCAGGAAGACAAGAUCUACGACUGUUCCCAGUGUCCGCAGAAGUUCUUCUUUCAGACAGAACUACAGGUAGGUCCCCGUAACGCUGACUCUGUGUUGGCCUUGACCUGACUCUCUGUCUCUGUCUCUGUGUGUGUGUGUGUGUGUGUUUUUAGUUCUUGUCUGGCAUAAAUUAGGAAAUGGUUGUGUGCAGGUACUGAUCUCAUGCUGUAGUAAGUAGACUGUGUGCACAAGGAGGCUCACUGUGUCAGAGAAAGUGUGGUUCAUAUUCUAAACCUUAACCCUCCCUUCUUUCGAGGCUUCCACCCGUCUCUCAAUAUGCAGUAACCUUCUCCAGUUCCUCCUUCCAUACCUCCCAGCUACUGUCCAUCAUUUUUACAGAAUCCCGCUAUUUACUGUUCAUCUGUAUUCCUCCCUCCGCCCUCCUUCCAUUCCUCUGUCCCCCUCUUUCCAUCUCUCCUCGGGAGGUCUGGGCAGGGUUCUGGCAAGCCUCAUGCCAUUAGGGUCCAGACACAUAUGUGUGUGUGCAUCUGAAAGAAAAGAGAGGGUAUAAGUCACCCAAGAGUAGGUCCUGGGCCAGCUGUGGCCAGGUCUGUGAUGAUGUAAACCUCCCUGUCCUCCAUUUCUUCUCCUCCUCGUCUCUUGUAUCCCUUUGGCACCAGUCUGUAGGUCAAACAGCAGCGCUGUGAAAGGUGAAAUCUGUGAACUUUCAUCAGGACCAGAGGUGUUCGCUAAAAACAGUUGUUCUGGAAGAGUGUGUGAAAGCCUGCAGUUUAUUCAAAAAUAAUAGAACUGCUUGCAUUGCAUUGAAGAUCAUUUAUUACUACUGUCAUUAGCCAAGUACUGAGAGUAUCACAAGUGAUACAUUUUCUGGUGUUUUACGAUUCUACUAGACAGAUUAAAUGAUUAAUAAUUGAUUACCAAAAAAAUACUAGCUAAAAUCACACAAGCUACAGUCUAUCUUUAAGUGGAGUCUGCCAAAGCACCUCAACCAUCAUCCUGUUUGAGAGGCAGAACAGAUUGUGCUUGGUGUAAUGUUUUAGUGUUGAACCUGCAUACACCACAGUCUGUGAAUACAGAUGUUCCACUGUUUUAGACAGGAGAUGCUCAUUCAUUUACAGGUUAGCAUGCUGGAAUGUUUCAGAAAGGUGAAAAGUGGCUUUUGCUUGGAAGCUACAAGUAGAACUUCUCUGGCCAUGACAGGGCUACAGGGUCAUCUACAGGGUCCACCUCAGAAGGAUAUGGUCGGGUUCGCAGUAUAGUGUUUGGUUUUUGAUAAGCAGCUCCGUUGAUUCUACUCAAUUCUUCAUAUCUGACUGCUAACUAAAUAACUACAUCUAGCUAAUGGUGAGACACCUCAGGAUCUCACUAUCGGUAACAAACACCCACAGAACACAAGAGAGACUGGUUUGCCUUCACUCCACGUCAGUUUGUUUGCAUCACACAGAGUACAAGCAAACCGAGUUGUCCCAGGAUCACCAACGUCACAAUAGAAGCACACAUCCCUCAUAGCUUCGCUCUGCCCCGGGUCUGGGUGACUUAACUGUCCCAGGAGACCCCGGGGUUCCUGCAUCCCUGCCUCUAGGCUCUUGAAUUUGUUCCGCACCUCCGGGUGUCUGAUUAAUCACCAGCCUCCUUCCCGACCCGUCUUCCUCUGAUACACGCCGCGGGUCAUGGUUACCUGCUUAUGUUUCUCACCGGUUAGAAAUCCUACACUCGCAUCACAUCUGCUCCUGGCCCUCUACCUAUUGCCCUUGAGUAACCUCCCGCUGCUAUCACCCAGGCCACUGUGCACCUUAUGCUGACCAGCCUAAACCCAAGGGAACAGCGAAGCAACUGAAACAGAGCCUGGAUGGCGACAAAAUCACAUUUUGGGAUGAGUUGUGCAUGAGAACGGGCUACGAACCUCGAGUUCCUGUCUUCUAAAUGAUCCAUGUUUUAGCCAUCCAUCAGACCCCCCCUUUAUACCGGCAUCAGCGGGCGCUCCACUGUUGUCUGACAGCUCCCUUGUCUUUACCACCUGGCUCGGCAUCCUGUUUCUCAUGCACACAAUCAAGCUGCUGUCUCUACAAAUAGUGAACUUUUCUUUAGAUGUGAUUUAAAGGAUACAAAGAUUCAUAAGUGCGCAUAUACUUACUGUAGGUGAUUGGGUAAUGCAUUCGAACAGUGGAGACAUACUGUACAUCAGAUUAUUGAUAUCAAUACAUGAAGAUACAUUCAAUACACACAUACA